AUGGCUAUAGGCAAAGCCAAGGUACCUGAGUACCCAAGACCAGUCUCCCCGGUUUCUGCGGACGAACACCCAAUCUGCCGCAAUACGAUAGUCUAUGACGAAGGCGAUGAGAGUUCUGAGGACUCGGAAAUGCCAAGAGCUGCAAAGAGACGGCGAAUUGAGAGCUAUGCUACUGCCUACCUGCGAGGAGAGACUUUAUUCAUCGCCAGCGCACAAUUGAAAGGUCCUUUUAGCAAUGGGUGGCAGAAUCCGUGGAGAAGGAGAGGUGGGCAACGCCCUGAGAAAGAGACUGCACGGCUAGAAGUUCCAGAAACAACCAUCAGAUCCCAACCGCGACGCAGUGCGCGCUCACUGCACCAUGGGGCCCGAAUGUCUUCAAGCCGCUCAACACCAAUAAGCCCUGUGAUCCAACCGAUCAAGCAAACCCUUACCAGCAGUCAGGCGAACGUUCUCAACGCUGUCAGCUCAAAUCUGCAGGCCUCCGUGACGCAUACCGGAGUACCAAGCUCCAAAAACCAACAAGUCGAGGACUGGCUAAAAAAAAAUGACGGCUAUUCCAAGGCAGAGGAGCAUCAGCCCCAUUCUUCCCCUACUCCAAUGGUCGGACUAGUAAGGGUUCGCACCAAGAAGUGGGAAUCUCCCGUUAUCAAUAUCGAGUUUCCUCCUUUAGUAGACGAUGUUGUCAGCCUUGCUGCUUUACCCCCUCUACGACAGCCUGAUUUGCGCAAUGGAAGAGCUGUUCUUCCGAUGACGGAGCCGCAACAGCCUAAAUCAGAAUUAUGUAAACCAAUGCUGAUUGCAUCUGGUUCUGUGGGACCUACCUUGGAGACCACGUCUCAACACAUGCAAGAGAAUGUUUUGGAUGUGAAAGGCCGCUCAAAGCCCAUUGCAGAGAGUGAUCCACCAGCAGAGAUAACUUCCUUUGCUGCAAAGCGCAGAUCCUUGCAUACAAUCCCCCCUUCGAGUCAUUUACCUGCAUUUGAAUAUCGGCGUGCAAUUGCUAGAGAAGCUACUCACUCUAUUGAGCCAGCAGAGGAAGUUAACAGUGCACCUGAAGCUCCCGCAGGACAAACAACUGAAGCGGAUGUGGUUCCAGAUGCUGAUAAUCAAGUCGACUCAAACGGUCAGUCUGCAUCACUGCACACCGCCGAAGAAAGACUUUCAUCUGGCUUGCCCGGAAUCACGACUGUGCUACCGGAUAACGUGCACCCAAACCAAGGCACGCCAAACGAUAUCCCCUCUGCUCAAAUACCAACUCAGAUGCCACUUCAGUCAGCACCAUCGAACCUAUCUGGGACAGGUGUUUUGCUUCAGGAACCUGAGCAGGGGAUAGCUCAAACUGCCUAUCACAGUCCGCUGAAGCAAAUUCUUCCAGAUGCUACAGAACCCCCGACAGAAGACUCCCUGUCGAAGUCAUUCGUUGCCCUAGAACAAAGUGUUGACAAGAAUACACCGCUCCAGUCAGUCCAAGUGCCAGCCCCAUUACAUUUGGCAGUUACACCGAACCCGAAACUUAGCAACCCUUCGGAUACACAAGAAAUGAUUGAAAGCAUCACACCAUUUGAAUUUAGCACCGUCAAGAAAAACAAAGCGGGGAGAAUUCAAAAUAUUCCGGCACUACGGACGGCGACAAAGACCCGUACUACGCGUAUACGGAAGCGAGCAUCUUUCGCCCCAGAAGAGGCGUCUUCAGGCUCUGCGGCAGGGUCACUGAAGGCUGUCAUGAAAGUGGCCAAGUCCGCAAUCGUAAAUCUCGAUAGUCUCAAGGGCCUGAAAAGCACAUGGGACGACGAAGAUGAAGACAUUAAUAGCAUGCAUCACAUCCAAGGUAGCACACCAAGGUUUGCUUCUAGUGAAGUAGCAAUGAAGAUUGGUACUCCAAGAGGGAUCCUAAAGCCAUCUUCCAACCCUUCUGCUCCUGCUCCAACGGGGACCCACCGUACAUCGUCCUCCGCCAAACAAGAUGCGCAACAAGUGAGGGCUCUAGAUAUGAUUGAAGGCGAACUAGAACAACCUCAGGAUGAUUUCGACGUCAAUGCGGCUAUUGACGACUUGGGUAGUUUUCUCGGGACGUGGGAUGUGGAGAAGGAAGCACUGGGAUUUUCUGAGGCCCAAGGAUGA